AAGGGGUAUAAAUAUUUCUGCUUUGUCGCGUCAGUUUUUUUUUUUUUUUUUUUUCAAAUUCAAACUAAAAGUGCGUUCCGGCUGCGUGAGGGCGGAGCGUCCUGUCACAACAAUCUGUCAGCUUCCUCCGGGUUGUUUGGGCACUUUUGAAGGCGCGACAGCAGCGGUAGCUGCACUCGCCCCGUCCCGACUCUUUUAGUCCCUUAAGAAGCUAUUAGUCCAAUUAGCCCGGAGGCGGGGAGUUGGACUCUAAACUCUCGGAGACGCUGCGAUGAGUAUGAUCCCUACCGAGGUGUAUGAUGACGACCUGAACCGACAGCCCGCCAUCAGCAGCAAACUAGUUGGACCACAAGCGGCGCGCACACACUGAGAUGAUAGUGGCGUACUUCCAGCCGCAUACAGUUAAUACAGACUUGCACGGUCAGCCCGUUUAAGCUCCAAAAAGACGCGCUACCGACGAGCCAACCGGAGUUUUCUCCUACCCGGGACCGUUUCUGAAAGUGGCCGGUUAAAAAACAUGGACAAGUUCAACGACAUGCUGCUCGUCACCGCAAAUGUCGGCUCGUUGUUUGACAACGUGGGUGAAAUCCAAAAUGGAUGGUUAGAAGAACUGUAUAAGACAAUCCAGAAGUACAAGCCGCAGUUCAUCGCCCUGCACUUCCAGGAGGUGGGAGGAAAGGACUACAUGGUCAACAUGGACAAAGCAGAAAGCUUCUUUUCUACUAUCGAGUCCAGUGAGGAAAUGAAAGAAUUUGACAGGAGCUGCAUCUAUGUGGACACCGAGUUCCAAACUGAAGACAGCUUUACGGCUUUGGGCAGCAUGUACUUCAUCCACAGGGCACUGAAAAACAUCUAUCAGUAUGACUUUAAUGUUAAGGAUUUUAAAACCGUGUCGGGACAGACCAAGUACGUGGGCUCACUGAACGGCGUCUGCACCGUGGAGAAAGAAAAAUUCCCAAAAAAUUUCUGGCCUGAUUUCAAGUGGUCCAGAAAGGGCUUCCUGAGGACCCGCUGGAUCAUACACAACCAGGGUUUCGACCUGGUCAACAUCCACCUGUUUCACGAUGCCUCAAACCUCAUUGCCGUCAACUCCAGUCCAUCCAUUUAUUCAGCCAACCGCAAGAAAGCUCUCAGAUAUGUAAUCAACAGGAUAUCAGACAGCCCCUCCAAUCCUAUUCCCUUUUUCCUGUUUGGAGAUUUUAACUUCCGUUUGGACACACUGACAUUAGUCCAGCGUCUAACCAUCGAAGCAGAUGUUGUGAAAGUGAUGAAAGACAGAACGAAUGAAGUAGAGAAAAUCAUAUUUGAAGAAAAAGAUGAUGGCCGCCAGACGCUGCUGCAGAUCGAGGAGAAGCUGUUUGAGUACGUGCACCAGGCGGUUUUCAGAAAGGACAAUGGCAGGGCGCUUUUGAAAUACGACAAAGAGAUCACAUCCUUUCAUGAUGUUAUCAGGGAAGAGGACAUCACAUUUCCACCCAGCUACCCCUACAUUGAGGACAGCAAUCAGCCGAAGCAGUACAUGAACACUCGCUGUCCCGCCUGGUGUGAUCGUAUCCUCAUGUCUCACACCGCCCACGAUUUGAUCAACAGGAGAGAUGAUGAUGAUGAUGAUGAUGCGCAGAGUGUUGUUUACAACACAAUUGGUCCUCAUGUCUGUAUGGGAGACCAUAAGCCCGUUUUCCUGUCCUUCUUGCUGAAGACAAAUAACCAUUGACUCCAAUCCUUCUCAAUGGUGUUCAGCCACACCCUUGUAACCCAGCCACUUUCAACUUGAUUGUCAUCUUCUGUAACUGCGUCGUCUCCCACCUGCAAGGGCUCAAGCUCGGCCAAACCCUCUGCUCUCAUAUUGCUGGUAUCUGAUCUCUUAGCUGCAUGGUCCAUGUUAUUCAGAUUAAACCCUGGUUUUCUCUUCUUAUCUUUGAGUUUCUGCUUGCAGCCAUGUGGACAGCUCCUUUAAUUUUGACUAGCUCUAAACAUUUUACUUUAAACCCUUACCAUUGUUGUGAAAUUGUUUUGUUAUAUUGUAGAUAUGGUAAAACUAUGACCAUGGCUGCUUUUUUGUUCUUGAACCCUUGUGCAUGAAAAUUUGUCAUCUUUCAAACAUAUUGUAUCUUUAUUAUCAAGUACUGAACAUCAGCCCCCAAGAAGCUCCUUUGUGUGUGAUGCUCUAGUUAUUUCAGGUGUGUGUUGUUGUCUGCGACUGUAGUAUUUUAAAAACAGAGGAGCACUCAGAAUUGUUGUCUGAGUGCCAAGAAAAAGCCCAACACACACACACACACACACAAAUAUAUAUAUAUAUAUAUAUAUAUAUAUAUAUAUAUAUAUAUAUAUAUAUAUAUAUAUAUAUAUAAAAGCGAAACAGAGAGAGGUGGGGCAAAAGGAAAAAGGGAGAGAAGGAGGAAAGAAGGGAGGAGCCCACCCCCUAAAAGCCGAUGAAAACACAUCCAUAAUGCGCAAGCUCCACACACAGCCCGCUCCAAGCACCCCCUCCACCACACAGCACGCUGCGACAGCUAGGCAAGUGCCCUGCGCAACACCACCCAAGUCUCCGUUUACAACAGAGCAGUCAGCAGCGUCCUCACAACGGACCCCCCCACCCCAUACCUAUAUGGGACAAACUCACCCAGCAAGCAUUUCCUAUUAUGAUGUUCAGGGUGAUGUUCUUCUCAGAUCUACCUUUCAACAGGGUUUUGAAGUGAAGUUUUUUUAUUUACUGAUAUUACUGAGAAAUAACACUAGACAGACAGAAAGGUCAGUGGCAUUUUACGGCAGCUGCAAACUAUCUGUAGCAGUUUUAUCUGCUAUGAAAGGAGAUAGCGGCCCCUUACAGAUUUCUCUGUUUUUGAUUUCUUUCUCACAGGUUUAAGAUCAUCGAACAGAUUUUAAUAUCAGACAGACGCCACCUGAGUACAACAAGGAGUUUUCAGAUGGCAGUGUUCGUACAUUAAAUUUGCUUUUGUCGUUUUCUAGGUUUGGAAAAAAGAAAAACGAAUAUGCAAAUAUUGGAUUUUUCAGUCUUUUUUCCUCUUACAUUUUCUAAGUUUUACUUAACCUUUAUUUAUAGAGGUUUAUAGAGAACUUAAAGAAAGACCUGUUUGAAGUGGUUUUCACAUUGAUUUAUCUGUGAAUUGGCCUAUCAGACUUUUAUUUUAACAUUUUGACUCACUGACUGAAGGCACGGUCAGCAGUCAAUAAUGGGAUAUAUUCCUGUUUAGUCUGUAGACAACUUAAUGUUCAACUGGACCUGUGGUUCUUAAACUGGGUCCAUAAUGCCAGACAAUGCGCUACACGGCAAGAAUUUGGAACUGGCCGUGAAAACUGUAAAACUGUGUAAUAAGUAGCAGAAUCAUGCACACACCCUUUAAGUGAGGGAAGUGAGGUCUGUAGUGUUUUAGGUAUCCUGUUGUUUUUUUUUUUGUGACCUUCUGGGUGAGUCAGAAAUCUGUUCUUUGAGUAAUUUUGAUAGGCCAACCACUGCUGGGAAGGUUCUCUACUGUUCCAUGUUUUCUGUAUUUGUGCAUAAUAUCUCUCAAGGGUUCACCGGAGCCCCACCCAAAGCUUUGUAUCCAUUUCCAGACUGAAAAUGUCUUUGUUUCUCAUCUGUUCUUGAGAUCGGGGAAUGAUGCCUUGCAUUUUGACAUCUUUUAGCCUACUUCAUGUUGUCAGACUGGUUCGGUUUAAGUCAUUUCUUGAUUUUGAUUUUACAGAUCUGGUAGUAAUCAGACCUGAGUGUGGUUGAUGUGAUUCAAUAUGCCUUUAAAAAAAAUGUUUGUGAUUAACAUUGGGAGUGAUUGUUUGUUCCACAUUGUACCAGGUUAGUUUCCCAUGAAUAAGUGAAGAUGUCAUUUAAAAACUGAGUUUUGUAUUUUCUCAGGUUAUCUUGGUUUGGUAUUAAAGUUAGUUCCGUGAUCUGAAACAUUUACGUGGGAUAGAAAAAACAUAAACAAAAGAAAUCUGUGAGGAGGCAAAUACUUUCUCGUGCACUGUAAAUCCCCCCUUUUAAACUGACAGUGAUAUGCUCUCCAUAAACAAGCUGUACUUAAUACCAAGUGCUUUAUCUCCCAACGUACUGUUCUGCAGUUCUCAGUCUGUCCUCUUUAGCUUUCUUUCCUCAGAGAAGGUCUUCGUUACUUCUGUCCACUCUGACGUCUCUUCUCACUGUUUUUCAAAUUAAAUUGAUCUUCUUUCUCUGCCAAAAAAGUUAUCAUGGUGUCCACUUAUGUUUACUCAUGACAGAGUUAUGAAUAUUAUUUUUUUUAUUCCCUGACUUAACUGAAACGUCACAGAAUACAGUGUAUGUGCCGUAUUUACACACACCCACAUAUAAAGCAUGGCGCACUGUUUAGAUUUUCUUUCUUCGUGAGUUAUUUUUAUGAUGCAUGUUGUUAUACUGUGGCUCUAGUGCAGUAAUGUAUAUUUUAAUAUGUAUUGUUAUCAGUUCAUGCUUUAACCUGGCUUUAAAAAUAAUAAUAACUCCAGCUACUGACUGCUACUUACCAUAUUUUGUGUUUUAUGUGAUGAGGCACCUGAGGGACCUCCACACUCUAUAUUUAUUCCAGAUUUUAGCAGAAUUAAAGUUUUGGAUAUCAUGUUGUUUGUACAGAUAGCCUAUCGCCUCACCAUGACAAGACACAGUGAUACACAUCGUCUGAACCAGUGUGUAAUAUAAUGUAAUGUUGUGACAGGAGUGGAGUUGGUUGGAAGGCCAGUAUUACCUGUAGUUUACUCUACUCAGACACUACAUGUUUUACUUUAAAUUUUUGGAAAUAAAGUGUGACCCAAAGCAAAAUGCUUCUGUUAUUUGGGUCGUCACCUCAUACUGUCUGGAUCUUUGAUGUUUUAAAAACUUGUACCUUGUACUAUAUCUCUUUAUUUCCUGGAGUAAUAGCAGAAGAAUACAUGUCAACAAGUAUAAAUAUGUGGAGAGUUGAAUAAAAGAAAAUAUAUGAAGAUA